AUGCCGAAGAUACGGACGAGGCAGACGCCGCACAGUCUUUGGUUAAGGCAACGUGAGCUGGGGAUGAAAUUCCCCCUUGGCCACAGUGAUGAUUUUCACAAGACUCUUUACUCCUCCAUACAGCCCAUCACCUCGUGGGAUCACGGGGACAAUUUGACUGCCGCGAGGCAUGGCGGUGUGUUCAACCUGGAAUAUUCACCCGACGGAUCUCUCUUGCUGGCAGCAUGCGAAAAGAAGAGUAUUUUAAUGUUUGACCCUCUAUGCAGGAAGCUGAUACAUGCGAUAGACAAUGCUCAUAAUGACUGUGUCAAUUGUGUAAGGUUCCUGGAUCAACGCAUGUUCGCUACUUGCUCCGACGACAGUACCGUCGCUCUGUGGGACGCCAGAAACUUGAAGCAGAGGAUACGCACCCUUCAGGGACACUCCAACUGGGUGAAGAACAUAGAGUACAGUCCUAGAGAUAGUCUGUUGUUGACUAGUGGGUUUGAUGGUAGUAUAUAUACUUGGGAUAUUAAUAGCUUUACGGAAAAUAAUUUCGUCUACACUCGUGUAUUUCAUACAAAUGGACUGAUGCGAACGAGACUCACUCCCGACGCCAGCAAGAUGCUCAUAUGCACUACUUCAGGAUAUCUCAUCAUAAUACAUAAUCUUAAGCUUAGUACUCUGAGUCAGGAUUUGGCAGGAUUCAAGCCGAAUAUGUACAGACUAAUGCAACUGUCGCAAACGACCAUACCCGUCGCCGCCAGCUUCACGCAUCUGUUUGCUCACACUCGUACUCACAACAGAGUCGAGUUUCUCACCGAUUUCCCAGUGGGCGACGACGCCGAGGUGAUAUCCAGCCUGCAGGUGCAUCCGCAGGGCUGGUGCGCCUUGUCGAGGAACGUCAGCAACGGGGAAAAAUCGGAGUGGACCUGUAUCCACGACAUACAGGAGCGCGAGGUGUCGAAUGGGGAUCAAACCAAAGAGGGGGAGGAGGCCAGUACACACUUUAACGAAUUGACCGUCGAGGAGUUCGAGGAUUUCCACCAGCCGCAGCCGUCACGAUCGGGGAACACGUCUUCCUUUGUAAUAGAGAGUGCCAGUGCGAAUCGCGCGAGAAUAGUGCAGGACAUGCUGGACGCGAGAUCGAACUCGUUCGAGUCGUCGAUCCGCGUGUCCGCGGACGCGGCGCCGUCGUCGGUGCGAUCGUCGCCGAGGGCGAGCUGGCAGGCGACGACGCGCAGGAACCUGCGACUGCAGUCGAGGGGCCCGCGCCCGUACAUAGACCGGAGCACGGUGAGGACGAAUUUCGUCGACGUGGUCGACGUGAACUCCGGCGCGAGUUCCGCCACCGAUUCCGCCAGGAUCCACAACGACGACAGGUCGGACGAGCAGUACGCGGACGAGAGCAACGACAACCACUCCGUGCACGACCAUGCGUCCGCCGACGAGAGGGAUCGGGAAGGAUCCGCGCGGGAGUACCGAUCCCCCAGGCCGCACUCGCAGCUCAACGACCUGCGGCGGCGCAACGUGAUCGACAACUUUUCCACCGGCAACAUGGAGCUGCACGUCAGCUCGACCGACGUGUGGGAAGCGCUGGUGGCGAUCAGGGAGGCGCGGCUCCGCAGGGAGCGCGAGCGCGAGUUCUAUCCCGGUGGCCGCGAGUGGUUCCCCAGCCGGCCGAACAGCGCCGUGGGCGUGAACCUGCCGCGGUCGUCGCACACGGUCGUGAUAAUCGGCGACCGGAGCCGCGUGCAGACGCAGAACCGGCAGAACCUGCAGACCAUGUACGCGAUCCCGAGGAACCACAAGAUCCACCAGAAUACGCCCAGGUUGACGCACUACAUCGAGGAGCCGAACGUCGGCUCCGGCUACAUCAAGGAGCUGUGCUUCUCCGCUGACGGCCGGCUGAUAUGCUCGCCGUUCGGCUACGGCGUGCGGUUGCUCGCGUUCUCGAACAACUGCGACGAGCUGUCCAACUGCGUCCCGCCCGGCAACGAGUCCGUGCAGCUGCACGAGCUCGCGACGCACAUCGGCCACUCCGACAUCGUCGUCAGCACCAAGUUCUCGCCGAAGCACUAUCUACUGGUGUCCGGCUGCCUGAGCGGUAAAAUCGUCUGGCAUCAGCCGGUGGUUUAGCUAAAUUGAUUUACCUUAGACGCCUUGUUGUACUUUUCUCAUCGAUCGGACCCUCGGUAGAUAGAUAGGCCGCUUUAUAUGAAAUCAAAUCGAUCUUUAUAAGAGAGGUAGCACCGACUUGCGUGCUAAACGAUGAAUGUUUUUGUUGAUUAUGUUUUUACUCGAUAUGUAUAUGGCUUUUUAACGUUAUUCAAUAUGUAUACCAGUCCCCAUAUUUUCUACUACUACUGCGUAUUACACUUUCUACCUUGAUAAAGCCUAAUCGAGUUUUGCAAUAUAUUUAUUUUACGUUUAGAUCGUAGGGAGGGGAGGAAGUCGCUCUUGCUGUGUCUCCGUACGCACGCACGCAUCGUGUGUACAUACACACGAUGACGAUUACGUGAUUUGUGCGCGUACGCAAAGCGUGAUAAAGUGUAUUAUACAAGCAAUUAUAACGUUUAAUAACCGCCGUUCCCGGCGUUAUUUAAUGAAUUAUAUGGGCAAUGGUAUAAUGACAAUCGACGAGAAUAUAUGCAAUCGUGUUGACAAUUUUAGAAAAUUAAUUUCUAUUAUUAAUUAUAUUAUCUUUUAUGUCAUGUAAAAUCUUUUUUUUUUAUAAUUUAUUUUUGAGCGAUUAAUCGAACGAGUAUUAAAUCGAAUAUUACAAAGUAGGAGCUAUUAUUUUUAAUUGUAAUGAUUGUCUUUCUUUAUGCGAGCUUUUUCGGAGUUACGAUAGAGUGUACUCUUCUGGAUUAUUAGUGCGGAAUGUUCUGCCUGCAGUUCUCAGCAUCGAUUUGCAAAGUCUCAAUCAAACUCGUUUGAAAAGCGUCCAUCGCGAUAUCAUAAAUAUGAGGCGCAAGGUAUCAGGAUAUUUGGACUAUAUCUUGAAUUUUAUCGCGCAAGUGUAAAGCAUUUCUUGUGAUGCAGUGAGAACAAUUAACACCAAUAUUUAAUUAGGAUCUUUUUAUUUCACAUUAUCAGCGAUCAUUAUACAUUACUGACCAAAGAUUUCGAAUGUUUCCGAUUCACGUAAGGAUUGAAUUUGAUAAAUUUUAGUUGAGACGAACAACUAAGGUCAAGGAAAUUUUUGUUGAAACGUUUAUUGUAAUCUUUAUUGUAGCGCGCUGAACACUUCCUGUACGAUCAUAUCUGUACGUUUAUUUUGUUAAACCGACAAGAUCUGCAUUCGAUGCAUAAUAAAUUUCUUAAUGCCAACAACAAUA